AUUAAUUUUAUUGCACAUUAUUUCUGUCAUUUACUCUAUCUUUUUGUGUUCACCCCUCUUCCAGCUUCUAAGUACAUUAAAAUGUUUGUGCUGGAUGAAGCGGAUGAGAUGCUGAGUCGUGGUUUCAAGGACCAGAUCUACGAGAUUUUCCAGAAACUCACUACUAGCAUACAGGUGGUGCUGCUGUCAGCCACCAUGCCUGUGGAGGUGCUGGAUGUCACUACCAAGUUUAUGCGAGAACCAAUCCGUAUCCUGGUGAAGAAAGAGGAGCUCACCCUUGAGGGUAUUCGUCAGUUCUACAUCAACGUUGAAAAAGAGGAAUGGAAGCUGGAUACUCUCUGUGAUCUCUACGAGACUCUAACCAUCACUCAGGCAGUGAUCUUCAUUAACACACGCCGGAAAGUAGACUGGCUCACAGAGAAGAUGCAUGCCAGGGACUUCACUGUCUCAGCUCUGCAUGGAGACAUGGACCAAAAGGACCGUGACCUGAUUAUGAGGGAGUUUCGCUCUGGUUCUAGCCGUGUCCUUAUUACCACAGAUCUGCUGGCCAGAGGUAUUGAUGUCCAGCAGGUGUCUUUGGUGAUCAACUAUGACUUGCCAACCAACCGUGAGAAUUACAUUCAUAGGAUUGGUAGAGGAGGCCGUUUUGGCAGGAAAGGUGUAGCCAUCAACAUGGUGACAGAAGAUGACAAGCGUACUCUGCGGGACAUCGAGACCUUCUACAACACCACCGUAGAAGAGAUGCCCAUGAAUGUGGCUGACUUGAUCUAGAGAUUUAUUUGACCGGAUCUAGAGACACCCCCUUCUCCCUAUCUCUACAGUCGCUCUCUUUAUUUUCUAGUUUAAGCACUUCUGAAUGGAGCAGGGAACAUGCAACUCCCUGCGCUUCCACAGUUGCAAAUCAGUCAUUUUAUUUUCCCCAAAAUUGAUCAAUUUUUUAAAAUCUCAAAUGCUGAAUGUAAUCACUUUAUCUCCAUCAACCUUCAUAAUAGACAUUGAGAUGUGGGCUCAGUCAUCUCUUAUGGAGAAGAGAUGCAUGUUCUGUCACUCUGCUCCUGAUUAGUCAUCCUGGGCUCAUUUUUUUUUAUUUUAGCUGGGAAUCAUCAGAUUUUUUGAAGGAGUAAUUGGACUACAGUUACUGGUUUCCAGCUUCUGUGAUUGUUUCUUUAAACACACCUCAUGCUGCUGGUGUAUUUGGGCCAUGUGGUAAAAGUGUGCCAGAUUUUAAUCAGACAUGAAAAGCAUUGGAUUUGAUUCACUAUUUAUUUUAUUUUAUUUUUCUCAAAUUACUCGUUGCUGUACUGUUUGCUGUAAAACUAUAACAGAUCUAUUUAAUCACCCUUAUACAGUAUUUGAUGUAAGAUGUCUGAGUCAAUUGAGAUAUUUGGAAAUCCUUACACAGAUUAAUUUUGACUGGUGGUACAAAAAUGUGAUGGAGAAAAAAAUUAUAUUGCAACUUUUUUCUUGCUUUUUCUUUUAAAUAGUUUUGCGAGUGUAUUUAGUUUUUUUGGAGGAGGGGGUGAAUUUCAAUAAAGCUACAGCCUCACUCUUU